ACCCAGACUGAUUACCAUCUGUCACAAAUUCUGUCAUCGGGAAGGACGCUAACAUUAUUCCAUGUAAGUGACAUUGUUCUACGAAAGGACUUCAGUAAAGCAGUCACUUGCUUCCAGCAGACAUGGGCUCGGGGGAAAGUACAACCAGGAAAGUGUCGUUCGGUGUGGACGAUGAGGACAGAGUCAGGAUUCUUCGUGGAGUCAAGCUGUCAGAGGAUGUUCUCCAGAGGAUGAGAGGAGUCGCCAACAUAGCUCCAGCAAGCACAUCAUCCACAUCCUCGAGUGCGCACAAAGACUCAGGUGCCUCUCACAGUGCCAGCUCAAGCUCUCGACCUCAGCGCGCCCAAACCAGUGCCCCGUCAAACACAAGCAAACCACACUCGUAUGCUGAGGAAGAACAGAGGAGGUACGAACAAAAGCAGACGAUACUUAAGGAGGAACUGGCCAAGGCGGCUCAGAGAGAGAGGGAGGCGGCGAUAAAGGAAGUGACUAAAGCCAUGAGCAGGGAAAAACAACACACACGCCUGGAAGCUGAGAAGGCCAAAGAACUGUCAGCAGAUGAGAUAGAGUUAAUGGCUCAGCGGCUACAGAAGAAAGAUUUACAGCUGAAAGCGCUGGAUGCCUUCUACAAGGAGCAGCUGGCACAACUGGAGAAGAGGAAUUGGGAAGAAUAUGAACACAGCAAGGAACAGUUCCACCAAGCUGCCUCCAAGACUGAAGCCAACGUGAGGUCUCGCAAUACAGACCCAGUGUGUCUUGGCCUGCAGGCUCAGAUUUUGUCCUGCUAUAAGGAAAACCGAGACCAGACCUUGAGGUGUUCAGAACUUGCCAAAGCAUACACGCAGUGUAUCAAUGCUGCAAAGAAGAAUCUGCUGGUCAAUCACGGAUGAAGAGUGGGAGGAAAAGGGUAAAACACUUACUUGACGAAGGCUUUACUUUGGCACUAAGAGCGACACCCUCCUGGUUUGAAUGAUGAAAGUUGACUUGCUGCUGGCAUGCCUUGUUUUUAAAACUUUGCUAUUUAUCCACUACAUAAUAAUCUGUUGAGGUUGCUUCGCAAUUCUGCACUGCUACAUUUACAGGAAGCUUUUGUAUAUUAGGUUCAUGGUCUGAGUCGAUGCACUUUCACUUUAGUGAGGAAGCUGUAAAGAUGCAUUCAGGGUCGCUCCUUUAUCAGCUGAAGGAAGCGCAGCUUUCAUCCGAACCUCAGCUGCUUUUUCUUACGGAUGAAAUCAAAAGCAAAGCCUACCUGGUUUGAGCUGAAUUGGAGUCCGUGGCGACCGUCCUUGCUCUGAUCUCUGACUGACUGAAAGAACUUUAUUUGCUUUUAAGUUUAUGUUUUACAGCAUUAUGAACAAGUUAAUUCAGAUGUUAUUAGAUUUUUAUGAUGAAACCACUCUCACGGUUGUGGCGUCAGGUUUUUUUUUUACUCGGCCAUUUAUCAUCUAGUUUAUGUGCAUACAUUAAAUUCACAGUUUAAUAUUCUGUAAAUUUCAUUUCAACUAAGUGAUUAAGUGAUCCCUCAGAGGACCUUAAUUUCCUUUUAGGCCACCUUUCAAACUAAAAUGACACAAAAAAACCAUGCCGUUCCAGCGCUUAGAAAUACCUGUGGCUUGCAGGGUUGGGCCGUGUCAAAGUGUUGUUACUAUGAAACGAUUUUAAGACAGACUGAUUAUUUAAAAACCUUUAUUUUACGUGGCUAUUAAGAUUAAAAUGUCUUUUACAAAUGCGGUUGAACAAACAACGUCAGAAAUGUGUGGUUCUUUGGAGACGAGUCACACGAUCUGGCUUUGCCAUCUUUAUUUAUUUUAGAAAUAAUGAUGCAAUUAAAAACACCGAAAUGGAAAAUGCAAAAAUAAACAAAGAAAACACCGUCACUGGGAAUUGAAAAAAAGAAAAUAUUAAGUUUUGGAAUUGGUGGUGUUAAACCGUGUUGAUGUGUUCAUGAAUAAACAAUGUGUGCAAGUGCUGUA